AGCACCUCAGAUACACAGCUUCAAAACGAAGCCCUCUGACGUUCAUGUUGACAGAAAUACAACAACGAGAAUAGCUGUUUGAAGCGAAUUGAAAUAAAUCCCACCAAGUAAUUUACUUCACAUAUAUGGCAGCAUAGGAAACGGGUGUAAGUAAAGGUGGCACAGGUGUGGAACAACUGGAUGUCUACACAGAGGAAAGCACAUCUGAGAGUUAAACUGCAUCUGAAGAAGUAAAAGUGAAAAUCGGCAGCCAGAAGACCACAAAGCGCUGUUUGCAUGAUGUAAAUAUUGCAGAAGUGUAGACACGAAAAGAAAGUUGUAGUCUAGAUAUUUCUGUAGUUCACAUUUCCUUAGCAGACGAGUUCUUUAUUGCACCUGUCCAGGUAUAAUUUUCUAUACUGUGUGCAUUAUUUAUGCACAUACAUAUUUAUUUAUCUUCUUUUAGAAGAGCCCUGUAAUAAAUCUUGUGUGGCAGCAUUGCUCUGCAUUAUUGAGCCUAAGCUGUAUGUAAAAUUUAUAAAUAUCUCAUACGAUUCUUUAGUGAUACUUUUUAUUGAGGCCUUGUGGACACUGUGAAUGGUUCACUUGGUCUUAUUACAAAUUAGUAAGGCGUUAGAAAAGUAAAAAAAAGACAUGGAAAAGCUUUAGAAACUUAAAAAAAACAUGACAACAAAGAUGGAGAAUACUGGGCCUGCUUUCAUUGGGUUAAACACACACAAUAGGCAUCUUAUAGGACAGCCUAAAGGCCCCUCUCAGUCUGGAAAGGAGCCCAUGGGGACCCCAAAACCAGCCAUUGCAACUCAGGAAGGACCUGGAAUCAGGUUUGGUGAUGACUGGAAAAAAAGCCUACUGCUCCCGGCUAAGGACAAUAGAUUCAAAACUUCUGAUGUGACUGCAACCAAAGGGAAUGAGUUUGAGGACUACUGUCUAAAGAGAGAGCUGCUGAUGGGCAUUUUUGAGAUGGGCUGGGAAAAGCCCUCCCCCAUUCAGGAAGAGAGUAUUCCUAUUGCCCUUUCUGGCCGCGAUAUACUGGCUCGUGCCAAAAACGGGACUGGAAAGAGUGGUGCAUACCUUAUCCCCCUUCUGGAGCGAAUUGACAUAAAAAAGGAUCAUAUCCAGGCCAUUGUGAUAGUUCCCACUCGUGAACUGGCUCUGCAGGUCAGUCAGAUCAGUAUUCAGAUCAGCAAGCACCUGGGUGGUGUCAAGGUCAUGGCAACCACAGGAGGGACCAACCUACGAGAUGAUAUCAUGCGCCUGGAUGAGGAGGUUCAUGUGGUUAUAGCAACACCUGGCAGAAUCUUGGACUUGAUAAAAAAGGGCAUAGCCAAAGUGAAUAAAGUUCAGAUGAUGGUCAUGGAUGAGGCUGAUAAGCUACUCUCUCAGGACUUUGUGGUUAUUAUUGAGGACAUCAUUAGUUUCCUUUCAAAGAACAGACAGAUUCUGCUCUAUUCAGCCACAUUCCCCAUCAGUGUACAGAAGUUCAUGGCAAAGCACCUGCAGAAGCCCUAUGAGAUUAAUCUGAUGGAGGAACUGACCCUGAAAGGCAUCACGCAGUACUAUGCUUACGUCACAGAAAAACAGAAAGUCCACUGCCUCAACACAUUGUUCUCCAGGUUGCAGAUAAAUCAGUCCAUCAUCUUUUGUAACUCUACUCAGCGAGUGGAGCUCUUGGCCAAGAAGAUCACGCAGCUGGGCUGCUCCUGCUUUUACAUUCAUGCUAAGAUGAUGCAGGAAUACAGAAACCGGGUUUUCCACGACUUCAGAAAUGGGCUCUGCAGAAACCUUGUUUGCACAGAUUUAUUCACUAGAGGCAUCGACAUCCAGGCAGUAAAUGUGGUCAUCAACUUUGACUUCCCCAAGAAUGCAGAAACAUAUCUGCAUCGCAUCGGACGCUCAGGAAGGUUUGGACAUCUGGGUUUGGCAAUCAAUCUCAUUACCGCUGAGGAUCGUUUUAACCUGAAGACCAUUGAGGACCAGCUGAUGACCGAGAUAACGCCCAUUCCCGGGAGCAUCGAUAAGAGCCUGUAUGUGGCAGAGUUUCACUCGGUGAACCCUGACUGUGAGGCAGAGACAUCUCACCCUGGAGGAGGCUCUGAAGCACAUUAGGAGGCACCAUUAGAGAGCAGGACAGGACAGUUGGAGAAUCUCUGCUCAUAUCUUUCAUCAUCUUUUCCUGCUCCACAGUAUUAUUUUUUUCUUCCAUUCAUUGUUCAUUGUUAGGAGUGUUAUAUAUCUUUAUAAAUGACCAGUUGAGACAUGCAAGAACAAAAACUAAACAUUCAGGAGUUCCUUUUUGAUAGAAAACAAUAAACAAAGGUAUUUGUGAACAUA